AUGGAUUUCCUUCUAAUAGGCUUGUACCUAAAGUGGCCCCUGAGGAAGCCCCCUGGGUUGAUACUGUUGCUUUGCUGCUCGCUGGGCAUCAUGCUCAAAAUGGUCCCAUCGGUGGAGGGCGUCUGCCCCCGUCUAUGCCGCUGCGACAGCAAGCUGCUCUACUGCGAGGGGCUCAAUCUCACCGACGUUCCACGCAACCUGAGCAGCGCACUGGGCCUGUCCAUGCGCGAGAACAACCUGACGGAGCUGCGCGAGGGCCACUUCGCUGGCCUGUCGCAGCUCACCUGGCUCUACUUGGAUCAUAACAACAUCGACGUGGUGGAGGAGGGCACCUUCGACAGGCUGCGCCGGGUCAAGGAGCUCGACCUGAGCACCAACCAUAUCGAGAGCCUGCCCAACGGCACCUUCAGGCCCCUCCCCAAUCUGCGCAUCCUAGACCUAUCGUACAACAGGCUGCAGGCGCUGGAACCCGACCUGUUCCACGGCCUGAGGAAGCUAACCAAUUUGCAUUUGCGCUACAACGCCCUCAAGUUUAUCCCAGUGAGGAUCUUCCAGGACUGCCGGAGCAUGCAGUUCCUGGACCUGGGCUACAACCAGCUUCAGAGCCUAGCGCGGAACUCCUUCGCCGGGCUCUUCAAGCUCACCGAGCUGCACCUGGAGCACAAUGAGCUGGUCAAAGUCAACCUGGCCCACUUCCCCCGCCUCAUCUCGCUGCGCACGCUCUACAUGCGCAGCAACCGGGCCACCAUUGUGGUCAGCACCCUGGACUGGACCUGGCCCUUCCUGGAGAAGAUUGACCUGUCGGCCAAUGAGAUCGCAUACAUCGAGCCACACGUCUUUGAGAGCGUGCCCAACCUCAAGGCCCUCAUGCUGGACGCCAACCGGCUGACGGCCGUAGAGCAGCGCAUCCUGGAUUCAUGGUCAUCCCUGGGCAGCAUCACUUUGGCAGGCAAUGAGUGGGAAUGCAGCCGCAACGUGUGCGCCCUGGCCCAGUGGCUGAGCGCCUUCCGGGGCCAGCGGGACAGCCAGCUACUGUGUUCCAGCCCGGACGUGGCGCAGGGCGAGGACGUACUGGACGCCGUCUACGCCUUCCAGCUGUGCGAGGACGGCAUCGACCAGGCCACCACGACCACGGGAUGGUACCCCGGCUACACCACCAAGGACCAGGCCCGGGGAGGCCCCACGGCCAACCCCUACGAUCCGCCAGCCGCCGAGGGCGGCGCAGUGGUCACCAAUUCCUUCACCGUGACCGUGGCUAACCUCGACGACAUAGACAGCACCAUGCAGAUCCACAAGGUGGUGACGGGCACCAUGGCACUCAUCUUCUCCUUCCUCAUCGUGGUGCUGAUGCUCUACGUGACCUGGAAGUGUUUCCCGGCGGGCGUGCGGCAGGUGCGCCAGUGCUUCAGCAGCCAUCGGCGCAAGCAGAAGCAGAAGCAGAGCAUGCAGCAGAUGGCCACCAUGUCCACGCCGGAGUACUACGUCGACUACAAGCCCAACCACAUCGAGGGGGCCCUGGUCAUCAUCAACGAGUAUGGCUCCUGCACCUGCCAGCAGCAGCCCUCCCGGGAGUGUGAGGUCUGA